AUGAUAUCGGAAGAGAGUAAUCUCCCGAUAGAGCUUGCCAUUAACUCGUUGUAUAUGCUUUUCUGUACCAUGCUUUUGUUCUUCGUGCUCGUUGGUGUCUCUCUCUUCUACUCGGGACUCACGCAGAGGAGGUCAGCUUUGUUACAACUUGCAAUGCCCAUGUUACUAACUCCAUUUGUACUAUUGGAAUGGUAUAUUUGGAGUUACUCUUUGUGUUACUCAUCAUCUUCUAACCAUUUCAUUGGAGAUUUGGACUUUGCUGUGUUACGACAGUUGAGAGAGUCAGCCGUACUUGUCUACGCUACUCCUAGAGGUGAAAUACUAUCAAUCAACCAUUUUUUAUUCAACGGGAUGUUCAAAAUCAUAUGUGUGGGGUUCACAUUCCCAGGAUGUAUUGCCGAGAGAGGUCGGUUGUUACCGAUGCUCUUAUUCUUAUUUUGCUGGUCUACUAUCAUCUACAACCCAGUUACUUACUGGUUUUGGAAUAGAAAUGGAUGGCUUUCAACAGAAUUCGGAACACUACCGGUGACUGAUUUUGCAGGUGGAAACUGCAUUCAUGUGGUAAGUGGCUUUACGGCCUUGGCCUACAGUUAUCUCUUAGGCCCUAGAAAUUCAAAGUUGCUCUAUAAUUAUCGAAGCUCUAAUAACGGGUUUAUUUUGCUAGGAACCUUUUUCAUUGCAUUCGGAUGGUGUGGAUUUAUUGCUGGGUGUGACUAUAAGUUUUCCACAUUCUCGAUCUAUAUUAUGGUCAAUUCGUUGUUGGCAGCAUCCGUCAGUAGUGUAGUAUGGAUGAUCAUCGACUUCUACUACCUGUCUACUCCUUUAGAUGGUAAUGGCCAUAAUAAGUCAGAGAGGAAAAUUUCAAUCAUCUCAUUUUCUUCAGGUUUAAUGGCAGGCUUGGUGGUGAUAACCCCUGCCGGUGGAUACGUUUCAUCUCCUACAGGGUUCUGGAAAGCAAUUGUUUUUGGAGUGAUUGGUGGAAUAUCGAGUAAUUUGGCAACCAGAUUGAAAUUUUUCUUUCAUAUCGAUGACGCUUUUGAUAUCUUUGCCAUUCAUGGCAUCACAGGGAUAGUGGGUUCUUUGCUUACUGGGAUUUUUGGAGAAUCUUCGUACGGAUCAAAAGGAGGAUGGGUCGAAGGAAACUUCAUCCAGAUUUGCUACCAAAUAUUAGGAUGCGUGGUGACAGCUACAUAUGUGUUUGUGAUGUCGCUCUUAUUUCUUUACUUGAUAGAUUGGAUUCCUGGCUUCCAUUUGAGAAUAGACAAGACUUUCAACAAGAGAAUGAGAGAACAAAAACUUUCAAAUACUCACUUGAACGUGCAAGCUUCAUUAUCACCAACAAAUAACGGAUUCGAUCAUGAUACUGCUGUCGGUAGCAUAGAUACGAAGUUUGAGCACGGAGAGCUCGAAGGGGGUGACCAGUAUGAGUUGAAUGGUGAAUAUAUGAUGGACUUCAUGGAGUUUAUCAAAGUGAUCAGACCUGAAGAUUAUACCGAAGACUAUGCUGGAAUUGAACACAUCCCAAGUUCAAACCAGAUGAUGGAUUUGAACCGCAAAAUUGAAUGA